GGAGUAUAAAGAACUUUUUGUGGGUCUUAUAAAGAUGUUUCGAGCCUUCGUUAAAUUUAGUUGCCUAUCGUUGUGCCAGAAAGCAGCUCACGAUUUGUCCUUCGUCGAAGAUGUUCCGAUUAAUGCGCGUCCUUUUCAGCACGGCGAAGAGCGGAGCGGCCGGAAGGGCAGGAAGCCCGUCACGCCCCCUCUCCGCUUCCUCUGACUCACGGAGGUUGGCCGGGAAGGUGGCCGUGAUCACCGGCGCGGCGAGCGGCAUCGGGAAGGUGACCGCCGCCGAGUUCGUCCGGAACGGCGCCAAGGUCGUGCUCGCCGACGUCCAGGACAGCCUGGGCCGCGCCGUGGCCGCCGAGCUCGGCGACCCGGACACGGCCUGUUACACCCGCUGCGACGUCACGGACGAGGGGCAGGUGGCGGCCGCCGUGGACCUCGCCGUGGCGCGGCACGGCCGGCUCGACGUCAUGUUCAACAACGCCGGGAUCACGGGCGGCAACUACGCGGGCUCCCCCAUCGAGUCCCUGGACAUGGCCGACUUCGACCGCGUCAUGGCCGUCAACCUCCGCGGCGUGGCCGCCGGCAUCAAGCACGCGGCGCGCGCCAUGGUCCCGCGCGGCGCGGGGUGCAUCCUCUGCACGUCCAGCACGGCGGGCGCGCUGGGCGGGUCGGGCCCCCACGCGUACAGCGUCUCCAAGAUGGCCGUCGUCGGCAUGGUGCGGUCCGCGGCGGCGGAGCUGGCGGCGCGCGGCGUGAGGGUGAACGCCAUCUCGCCGUACGCCAUCGCGACGCCCAUGGGGGUGCGCUCCGCGAGGGAGAUGCUAGGCCUCCCGCCGGGGGGCGCCGGCGACGAGGAGUUGAUCAGGCGGCUGUUCGACGAGGACAUCAACGAGAUGGGCGGCGGCGUGGUGCUGCGCGCGGAGGACGUUGCGAGGGCGGCGGUGUUCCUGACGUCCGAGGAUGCCAGGUACAUCACCGGGCAUAAUCUCAUGGUCGACGGCGGGUUCUCCGUCGUGAAGCCGCUCAACGUCCCGGCCUGUUGAGGACGGCGAGAAUCGUGCCGGGUUACAGGAAAUUAAACACAAAAUAAAUCUGAAGAAAAGGAAACGGAAAAUAAUCCUAUAUGACCGGAUCGUAUGGGCGUAAACUGGAGACCCUCCCUGUGUGACAACUGGCAAACCGAAUCUCAAAGCAUCCCAUCCGACAUGUCCAGCCGCAUGACAUCUGAACAGUGUACUUGGGUCUCAGUUUUCAGAGCUCCGUGUAAAUUGGUUCAUUUUUCAAGUAAAACGGAAUUGAGCUGCUCUGAAAGGUUGGGAUUAUUUGACUGAAGAUGUACCUUUCUAUUUGGUGUUUGGUUGAGGAGGAACAUGAUAGAGUAAAAUCUAUUUUAAGAAAAAGUGUUUCGAUCAAGAUGUUUUGGUUACUUCAUCAUCCCAACCAAAUGGCAUAGUCGACCUUAGAUUAUUGAAUUAUCAUGUUCUACUGAAUUUGGAAUAUUCCUCC